GAUUUUUGUAUUGUCAUUUUAUUAGUAUUAGCCAUUAUAAGACAAAUAGUAUAAAUUAGCUGUUAUAAGCUACGGUUAAAAGUAUUAUCUGUUCAAUGCUUUUAGCGUAAUUAAAACAUGCAAUGUCCAACAGUAUUUUUUAUGAAUAAGUAAUAAAAUAAAUCAUAAUACCUUUCAACAUUCUAGUUGGUGUGUUUAAAUGAAACCCUUUAGAAGUUAAGCAGUGGGAUAGUAAAUUCAAUCAUGAAAAAGAAGAAACAUGAAAAUAAAACCAAAGAGACACUACAAAGGAAGUUUCUGUUUUUUGGAAGGAACAGCAACAUCCACGGACUUCGAUUCAUUGUACAGGAGAAUGAACAUCCUAUUUCAAGGAUAUUCUGGCUACUAAUCGUGGCGGGGUCCGGCGGCUGCCUGUACCUGCUGCUGCUGUCCAUCGUGGCGCACAACGAGCACAUCAGCUUCACCCCGGACACCCUGUAUCUGGACUGGACCACCAUGUUCCCCGCUGUGACCAUCUGCGAGCUGUAUACCGACUAUGGAUAUAAGGACGCGCUGGACAAGUUUCAGAGGCUCUAUCCGGAACUGUUCAAGUCGGCGAACUACGACCUCAAAAAGCGUCUGACGAGCGUGCUGUUCAACGAGGGCCGCUGCAACAAGCGCGGGCUGUGCGCGCCCUGCGGAGACGGCGUGCCCUGCGGAGACGGCGUGCCCUGCGACCUGGCCUGGCGGAAUAUUAGCGAGAGGAUCCGCAUGAAGUGCGAGGCGCUGGUGUGGGAGUGCUCGUACAACGGCCGCGGGUUCCCGUGCUGCCGGCACUUCGUGGCCGUCGACUCCGCCAAGGGACCCUGCUUCGCGCUCAACUCCAUGCACACCAACAUACCGAAAGAAGCCAAGUCAUUUGUCGUGAAUCGAACUACUGGCCCCGGCAUUCUAAAGUUCAAAGCCAAUACAAUAACGAUGUACGUACACAGCCCCGAAGAGCUAGCGACCCAGUACCUGGACCCGAAGCUCUCCUACAACGUGUUCGAGCGCGUGCGGCGCGUGGACUUCGUGGUGGCCGUGGCGGAGAUGGGCAACGACGCUGCUCUGUACCACGAAGACAUACACUCGAGGCAGUGUCGGUACCCGGAUGAGGUGCCGCGGUCUUUUAUACACUCGUACAAGGCGUAUUCAUACGGAGCCUGCAGACUGGCUUCAGACACGGAGAUGUUGUAUAACCACUGCGGAUGUGUGCAUCCGGUCAGGGACCUGCGAUAUAAGGAAAAGUUUUGCAACUACACUGGAAUAAAUUGCCUGGAUACAUAUAAAACUCAAAUGGAAGAGAUGGACACUGAAGAUACAUGUCUACCAUCGUGCGUGGAGAUGGAACUCAAACUUAUUCACAUUGAAGAAACUCUUAGAGAAACUGGCGACGAUUCAGACACAGUGGUGACUAUUCGCAUGGCCUCUCUGCCCACACUUCGCUACGUGCGGCACCUGCUGCGAACUAACUUAGAUUUAGUUGUAUCCAUUGGUGGCUUGGCCGGAUUAUUCUUCGGUGCAUCAAUUUUGAGUGUCGUUGAAACAUUCUACUUAAUUCUAAGGAAACCAUCUUAAACCUUUGUAAAACACGAUGAAUAAAUAAAACUAUCGGUGUUAUAU